CCGGAUAAUCAUCGUCCUAUCCCUUCUUCGCCCUUCUUGGCUUUUCUUUUUCUACAAAAGUGGACCUCAGGUACCAGAUGCCGAUCCAACCGACAGGCGAUCCAUGGAUUUUAACCCCACCGGCCUGUCUAUAAGAUGGACGGCGACGCCGGUUCCUUAUCGGACUGCCCCAGUAUCUACCACUUACCACGCAGAACCCGCGACAUAGACAGGACUCUCCGCCCCCAUACCAUUCACAAUGGCUCAAGACUACAAGUUCGAAGGAUGGAUGGGCCUCGACAAGGAGGCGGCCGAAGGCAAGAUGGUCUGGCAAGAGUUUGAGCCCAAGGAAUGGGAGGAGACCGAUGUCGACAUCAAGAUCUCCCACUGCGGUAUCUGCGGUUCGGAUUUGCACACCCUCCGCAGUGGCUGGAGACCCACUCUAUACCCCUGCUGUGUAGGCCAUGAGCUCGUCGGUGUUGCCGUGCGCGUCGGAUCCAAGGCCGUGGGUGGCAUCAAGGUCGGUGACCGCGUGGGUGUUGGCGCGCAGAGUGAUUCCUGCCUGGGCCGUCUCGGAGACUGCCCCGAGUGUGCCAUGGGCUGGGAACAGUACUGCUCCCACAAGAUCGUUGGUACGUACAACAAUGUUCACCUGAAUGGCGGCAAGUCUUAUGGUGGAUAUGCUUUGUACAACCGGGCGCCCUCCCACUUUGUGGUCAAGAUCCCCGACAGCAUCCCUUCGGCGCAGGCCGCCCCCAUGCUGUGCGGUGGUGUCACGCUCUACAGCCCCCUCAAGCACAACGGCUGCGGCCCUGGCAAGCGCGUUGGAAUCAUCGGUGUCGGUGGUCUGGGCCACUUUGGUGUCCUGUUUGCCAAGGCGAUGGGUGCCGACAAGGUCGUUGCCAUCUCCCGGAAGGCCAGCAAGGCCGCCGACGCUCUGCAGAUGGGUGCGGAUCUCUAUGUUGCUACAGAUGACGAGCCCGACUGGGCCACCAAGCACGCCCGUUCUCUGGACCUGAUCGUCUGCACAGUUUCCUCAACCAAGAUGCCCAUGACCGAAUACCUGGGACUGCUUGCGGUGAACGGCAGCCUGGUUCAGGUGGGACUUCCGGAUGACGGCGUCCUCCUGGCGCCCGUCGGUAAGCUGCAGCGUCGCCUCAAGGCCACGAGCUCCUUCAUCGGCAGUCCGGACGAGAUCCGCGAGAUGUUCCAGCUCGUAGCUGACAAGGGCGUAAAGGCCUGGAUUGAAGAGAUCCCGAUGAAGGAUGCCAACGAGGCGAUUUUGAACAUGGAGGCUGGCAAGGCCCGCUACCGUUACGUGUUGGUGAAUGAGCAAUGAUUGAAUAUGAUUAGAUAGAGUGUAUAGAGUACAUAGAAUGUAUAGAUUGCAUCGAGUG